UUAGAAAAAAAUUCUCAUAUAUAUGAUUUACGCACACAUAUAAGUAUAUAUAGUAAUAUAUUUCAGAAUUUUAUAGGAUAAAACUGUGUGUUCUUCAGUAAUAUACUGAUAUAUGGAAAUUAUACGAGGGAGCUCUUAUAAAAAAGUUAGGGUUUCAAAAAACCGCAUUUUCCUCACAAUCGAGGGUUUAUUUUCGGUAGCAAGAACGUGCCUGUCGACGAAGAAGAUCAAUGAUUUGUGUGGCUUCUCUUAUUCUUUAGUUGCGAUCUAUACGAGGUUGACCUUUAGUGGGUUACUGAAAAGAAUUUAAUGUCUGAAGAGGUUGGGGAGAUGAUGGUGGUUUAUGAUGAUCCUUCAGACCAAAGAUCAUUGUCUUUGGAUGAUACCAGCAGCACAGAGGAAUCACCAGAUGAGACCAGUCUCUCUCUAGAUACCACAAAUGAUGCUAUCCCGUAUAUUGGGCAAAGAUUUGCUACUCAUGAUGCUGCUUAUGAAUUUUAUAGUGAAUUUGCGAAGCGAUGUGGCUUUUCAAUCCGGCGUCAUCGCACAGAAGGAAAAGAUGGAGUUGGCAAAGGACUUACGAGACGGUACUUUGUCUGCCACCGUGCUGGAAAUACUCCUGUCAAAGCAUCAAAUGAAAAUAAACCCCAAAGAAAUCGAAAAUCCUCAAGGUGUGGAUGCCAAGCGUACUUACGGAUAAGCAAGACAACUGAACUAGGAACACCCGAAUGGCGUGUCACGGGUUUUGCUAACCACCAUAAUCACGAACUCUUAGAACCAAACCAAGUUCGUUUUCUACCUGCGUAUCGCACCAUAUCAGAUACGGACAAGAGUCGAAUCCUCAUGUUUGCCAAAACAGGAAUUUCUGUGCAACAGAUGAUGAGGCUUAUGGAGCUUGAGAAGUGUGUAGAGCCUGGAUACCUGCCAUUCACAGAAAAGGAUGUUAGGAAUUUGCUUCAAUCAUUUAGAAAAGGGGAUCCAGAGGAUGAGAGCAUAGACUUACUAAGAAUGUGCAGAAACAUCAAGGACAAAGAUCCCAACUUCAGAUUCGAGUUUACUUUUGAUUCAAACAACAGGUUGGAGAAUAUUGCCUGGUCAUAUGCCUCAUCGAUCCAGUCAUAUGAGAUUUUUGGCGAUGCAGUGGUGUUUGACACAACACAUCGCUUAAAUGCAUUUGACAUGCCACUUGGAAUAUGGGUUGGAAUAAAUAAUUAUGGCAUGCCUUGUUUCUUCGGCUGUGUGCUUCUACGGGAGGAAAGCUUGAGAUCAUUCUCAUGGGCCCUGAAGGCAUUCUUAGGGUUCAUGAAUGGGAAGGCUCCACAAACAAUAUUAACUGACCAAAACAUGUGUCUCAAAGAGGCGAUAUCAAUGGAGAUGCCAACUACUAAACAUGCACUUUGCAUUUGGCUGAUUGUGGCAAAGUUUCCGUCUUGGUUUAAUGCUGUUUUGGGGGAACGCUACAAUGAGUGGAAAGCUGAGUUCUAUCGACUUUACAAUCUAGAGGCAUUUGAGGAUUUUGAAUUGGGGUGGACAGACAUGGUCAAUUCCUUUGGGCUACACACUAACAGACAUAUAGCUAGUUUGUAUGCCUGGAGGUCGCUUUGGGCAUUGCCAUACUUGAGAACCCAUUUCUUUGCAGGAAUGACUACGACUGGCCAAUCAAAGUCAAUUAAUGCUUUCAUUCAAAGGUUUUUGAGUGCACGAACCCGGCUUGCACACUUUGUAGAACAAGUAGCGGUUGCAGUGGAUUUCAAAGAUCAGGCAGGUGAACAACAAACGAUGCAACAGAAUCUCCAGAACAUUUGCCUCAAAACUGGGGCUCCCAUGGAAUCCCAUGCUGCUGCAGUCCUUACACCUUUUGCAUUUUCUAAGCUUCAGGAGCAACUUGUUUUGGCUGCUCACUACGCAUCAUUUCAGAUGGAUGAUGUCUUCCUAGUGAGGCACCACACUAAACUUGAGGGAGGCCGGAAAGUGUGUUGGGUUCCUCGCGAAGGCAUCAUAAGUUGCAGCUGCCAUCAGUAUGAGUUUUCUGGAAUCCUGUGUCGGCAUGCUCUUCGAGUCCUCUCAACAGGAAAUUGCUUCCAAAUACCAGAAAGGUAUCUUCCCCUCCGUUGGCGUCGCAUAAGCACUUCAUCUGCAAAGCUUUUUCAUAGUACUCCAACUGAUCAUGCAGAAAGAGUUCAGUUAUUGCAGAGUAUGGUAUCAACUCUUCUAACAGAGUCCGCCAAGUCAAAAGAGCGGCUGGAUAUUGCAACCGAGCAUGUUUCCAUCCUUUUAUCUCGGAUAAGAGAUCAGCCGGUUUCAUCACAAGGUAUGAGGGAUAUCUCCCCCGUCCAUAGGAAUCUUUGAUUAGAGGUGCUGCCUUAAACCAUUCAUUCUUUUUAGAAUACUAGGUGAAAGUGGAGAGAAACAUGUGAAAUGUGGUGAUGAGAGUAAAUCGAGGGAUUAUGUAAAGCUAGAUUUAGGGGAUGGGGUUUAUUUUUGUAAAGAUUGGAAGUUGGCUUGUGGUGGAAAUUCCAUGCAUGACAUUUUUGUAGUUUCGUUGCAUGCUAUGACAAUUAUACAGGGUGUUCUUCCUCAGACAUCAUUGACCGAAGAUUUAACACGGAGAUUAAUAUGUAAAGUAAUUACUGAAAAGGAUAUUAUUUUUUUGUUCCCUCUGUAUGUAUGCCCAACAGUCCAAGCAUUUGUGUUUGGAAAAAUCUCAUUAAAUUCAUCGUGAAUAUGGAAGAAUGUAUUUACAGUGCU